AUCCGACUCUGACAUCAUUAUUGCAGGCAGACUGGGAGGCUCGAUGUGCACCGCCCUUUAAGGCUCGUCGUCCGCGGCUCGGUCGUUGAUGAAAAGUCGCGGUGCUGGUUCCGGUGCAGGUUCUGCGACGCAGGGGGGAGUCGAGCCACGAUCCGAUCCAGCUGGCAUGGAGGAGAAAAACAAACCGUGAGUGUAUUUUUCGUCGGCCGACACGCCUGGACAGGACGGAAGGACGGGGGGAGGAGGAGGCCAGGACUCAGGCCGCGGGAGACGGAAGUGAGAGGGGGUUGCUCCGAAGAGGAAGCCCUAUCCCUUUAAAAGCAAGUGGGACAUAGCGGUGCGAGAAAAAGGAGAGGAGGGGGAGAAGAACGAGGAAUUAAAAAAGAAAAGGAAGAAAGAGACAGGGAGGGCGGAGGGAGUAGCGGGCGAUAAAAAAAGAAAGAUGACAUCCUCUCAGCUCAGCGGCCGAGGUGGAGCGACGGGCCGCGGCCCGGCGAGAGCGCCGCUCGCCCGGGUCGGGGCUUGACUCCGACAACGAGGCUUCGACAAACAACCGAGUGGCCUAAUCGGAGGAACUCGGAAACAUAGAUUGACUCAUUAAAAAACAAAGCAUGACGUGUUUUAUAACCCAUAUUUGCUCUCCCGUGGGGGGGAAAUGACUUUUACUUCACUUGUGUAGUGAUUUUUACCGUUUAUCUCGAGAGUAAGCAGGUUAUUGUUGCAUUAAUCCAAGCUAGAAGUUAAAGCAGAGCCAUUGAAGGUAAAGGUACCGGCCUGUGUGGGGUUUGUGCGGCGGACUUUCGCUCACUGCUGCGCCCAUUUGGCUUACAUCAUGCCAACUCCGUGACAUCAGCAUCUUGACACGUCACAUUUAUAUUAUUUUCAAACAAUCCCGCCAAUUUUUGUUUUUAACAUCGGGUGUGGCAACUCAAGCUUUUUUUGGAGGGGCCCAUCCAAGGUAUGCGAAGGCUGUUGUUGUUCUCAACCAUAAGCUAGCGACUUUAUAGCCUCCAUCUCAGUGCUGCAAAAUGGAUGCUGCUUGGAGCAAUUUCCUCUUCCAGGUAGGCUUGAAUACUCCCACCCAAAACCAAGCGGAGGGGAGCCUCCAAUCGGAGCUCAUGUCAGUGCACACAAGCUCUCCCCAAACCCCACCCACUGAGCACAUAGAUCAGCCUCCCUCCACCGUGGACACCACUGCCCUCAGCGAGGAACCCCUGCCCGGUGAGGCCCGUGGAUCUGAUGCACACCCAGCGGCUACUUCAUUAGUGAAGCCCGUGUCCCGGCCAGCCCGCGUGCCCCACGUCUGUGCCAUUUGCAACAAGCAGUUCAAGAACAACUACAACCUGCGGCGGCACCAGUCGGUCCACACAGGGCGGCCUGCCAAUCAGAACCCCACCCCGGUGAGGAAGAACCAUGCGUGCGAGACGUGCGGCAAAGCCUUCCGCGAUGUUUACCACCUCAACCGUCACCGCCUGUCCCACUCGGACGAGAAGCCCUUCUCGUGUCCCAUCUGCCAGCAGCGCUUCAAGAGGAAGGACCGAAUGAGUCACCACGUGCGCUCCCACCAGGGCGGCGUGGAGAAGCCCUAUAUCUGCCCGCACUGCAGCAAAGCUUUCUCAAGGCCCGACCAUCUCAACAGUCAUGUGCGGCAGGUGCACUCUUCGGAGCGUCCCUUUAAAUGCCCAACAUGCGAGUCCAGCUUUGCCACAAAGGAUCGUUUGCGUGCCCAUAUGAUUCGCCAUGAGGAAAAGGUCCCUUGUCACAUCUGUGGCAAGCUCCUGUCAGCCGCUUACAUCACCGAUCACAUGAGGGUGCACAACCAGUCUCAGCACCACAUCUGCCACCUAUGUAACCGCAGCUUCACCACGCUGACAUACCUCCGCGUGCACGCCCAGAAGCACCACGGACAAGAGUGGAAGGACAGCCCAGGGGGUUUCGGCGGCACGACCACCGGCGGCGUCCUCGUCUGCCACCUAUGCGGCAUCCACUGCAAGACGCCUACCCAGCUCCAGGGUCACAUGGGUACCCACAGUGCCAGCCAGGAUGCCCAGAGCUCCGCCACCUCUAACGUCGCCGCCAGCAGCUCCCUCAGCACCAUGGUGACGGCGCCCACUGUGUACGUGACGGGUGGCACUGUGGUGGACCUGCUGGUCACAGACUGUUCUAGCAUUGCGGCGCCACAGUCGCAGAGUUAGCGAUAGCCAGCAGCAGCAAUAACCUCAGUCCUUUAAACGGGAGAGGGCAAGGUAAGAGAAGUGAUGCGUAGAUGCUGAUCUGUUUAUUUGGAAAAUCAGAAAAAAGUCACAAUAACACGGACAUGUCAUCUUAGUACCAUACUGUAAAUCUGGGGUGUCCAAAGUGCAGCCUGCGGGGUUAUUUUUGGCCCACAGCUUGUUUUUUUUAAUUUUUUUAUUUUUUUAUUGGCCUUGGCAUAUUCAAAAAAAUUUAUUAAUGAAUAAUUAUUACACUAAUAAUGCUUUGUUUUUUUUUUCAACUUCAACAUGCUACUACAGUACAGGCCAAAAGUUUGGACACACACAACACAACUGAUGGUCCAACCUCAUAAAUAAGGCAAGAAAUUCGACUAAGUAAUCCUGACAAGGCACACCUGUGAAGUGAAAACCAUUCCAGGUGACUACCUCAUGAAGCUCGUUGAAAGAACAGCAAGGGUUUGCAGCGCCACCAAAAAAGCUACUUUGACGAAUUUAAAAUAUGAGACAUAUUUAGACUUAUUUCACACUUUUUUGUUAAGUACAUAAUUCCACGUGUUCAUUUAUAGUUUUCAUACCUUCAGUGAAAGUCUACAAUGUAAAUUGUCAUGAAAAUAAAGAAAACGUGGUCUGUCCAAACGUUUGGCCUGUACUGUAUGCUGUCAAUGUUUUCUUUAAACAUCUCAACAACCUACAAUUAAUUGGUUUUAGCAUUUAGCAUGGCAAAUAAUAUCAAAGUGCCCGCCCAAAGUGCCCCCCCCCCCCAGAAAAAAACUACAUCAGGAGGUUGCCUGCAGCCACAACUGUUAAUACGAGUGUUUUAUGACCACGUGCUGCGACACCGGUGGUUAUUUGAUGUGGUUAGCUGAAUGAAGACUGUUGGAGCAUUUUCGGUACUCAAACGUGCUAACAGCUGUGUCUUAAUGGUGUCUACUCUAUUUACUCCCCUGUCCUGUGCCCUAACACCUUCACCCCCCACCCAGCAUUCACACCAGCGCUAAUCAUACCUCUUUUUUGCAGCUCACUGACUACGACUAUUUAGUGCUUGUGUUCAUGAAUGACAACUCUGAAAAAAGUAAACAAAAAAAUUAGAAGGGAAGCUGUGUAGGCGAGCCGGCACUUCUGUUAGCAUGUUAAAACAAAUUGUAUGAUUUAUUUUUUAUUUUUUCCACUAGUUUAGUCAUCUAAGAUCAGGACGCAAGUAUUGUAGGAGGUACUUCUUGGUAGAAAAGGUACAGAGUGACAAGCACCUUAUAAUGUUGUCAUUGUUUGGGUUUCUUGUUUGAAAAGUCUUCCUCUCUGGGUUUGGCCAAAAAAAGAACUUUUGACACCAGGAAGAAAAAAAAAAACCUUUUGCAUGAAAAUAAGAUAGCUCAGCUUGUCAAAAUGAACUUUUAAGUGGUUUCACUAGCUGUACAACAAUAAUACGUGCGGAUUUUCUUGAAAAAAAAAAACAACUUUGUUGGCCAUUCAUUUGAUUGUAACCGUCAUUGCCAUAGUAGUUUUUUUGUUGUUUUGUUUUCUCUACCUGUCCGUUUAAGUGAGUGAAACUUACACGUUAGAUUUAGUAUAUAGAGCACCUAACAUGAUCAUCUUUUUAACAUGGGGACUUGUGUUGCUGAGAAAGGGCUUUAAAGUCAAGCGCCACAGGAAGUUGAUGCUGUAAACAAUUCCUAGUUUUGUACCCGAGUGCUUUGUGUGAAUAUCUUAAAAUGUUUUUUUAAUUUUAUUUUAUUUUUUUUUUUAAUAAUAUUCUUCCUUCCUGUUGAGAAAAUGUACUAAAACAUUCAUUUUAAGAUUUUCUUCCAUUUACACUAAAAGAAAAACAAUACCUCUAGAAAUGUGUACGGCUCUUGUGAUAUACAUCUUAAUGCCUUAUCGUACUCAACUGCAUUUUAAUUCGUUUAUGAUGAUCACAUCUUAGUCAUAGAUUCAUUCAAUAUUAAUGGGAUGUAUUUAUAUUUAUAUUUUUAUAUCUCAACAGUAUGCAUGUACAAAAAGGUUAGAGCAAAAACAAAACAAAAAAAUCAAUACCUGAUGCUUAUUACAGUCUUAAGUAUUAUGUUAUUUUGUAGAAGAGGUAGAGCUCAUGUUAUUAUUUUGUAAUUUCGACAAUUUUAAGUAAAAUUGGUAAACAUGCACUGGUGUUGUGUUUUGAUUCUAUCUCAUGUAGGGAUUGAAAAUACAUUUUGCGUAUACGGUAUUUCCAAACAACCAGACAGGUGAUCACAACACACAGUAUACGAUUAAUUCCUGAGGUGAAAGUACGCCCCUUCGUGGCUGUGAGUGGCAAAUUGAUGACGUCAGGGCAAUGUGAUAAGAUUCUUUAUUAGUGAGUGCACUGCCAACGUCACUGGUUUUCUAUCCAUAAUCUUGCCUUAAUCCCGUCUUUAAUCUUCUUGUGGAAAAAGUCCAAUAUUUUGAAAAGCAAUAAGUGUUUGGAUUGGGUGGGGCAAUACGUCGUCCACCCUGAAAACUAAGAUGCGACAUUUUGAUCUAAGUAAAUGUAAUAAGUAUAAGUAAUAAGUAAGUUGUGCCUUUAAGAGGAGUGGAAGAAUACCCAAUGAAAAAAUCUUGUUAUUAGUAAUAGUACUAUUUUUAGCAUUUUUAAAUAUUUUUGUUAUUUAUUGCAUUGUACAGUAAUUUGAUUGUUGUUCCUGUUUUUUUUAACUGCAUGGAUUUAUUUAUUCUAUUUAUAUCACAACCAUUAUCACAUUUAAUAGAAACAUAAGGAGAAUCAUAUAUAUGUACAUAUUCAUAUAUGUAUAUACACACACAAGGAGAACUUCCAGGAGUACAUUAUUAAUAGGGAAGCAUCAGAACUUUGUGUUGAAUUUUAAUAUUUGAUUUAUUGCACUGUAAACUUGUUGCACCUUAUUAGACUGUAAAAUUAUUAUAUCAUUUCAUAAAUUAUUCCAUUUAAAUAUAUUUUUAAAAUUAAAUAAGGAAUCAUAAAAAUCACUUUUUAAAAAUUUUGACUUUUAUACGUUUCACACGAGUAAAACGUAUGCUGCACAUUUUUCUUCCAUCUUAAGCUUUCUGUUUCGAGUGCAACCCUGAUUGUAUUUAAAAGAAAUAUAACACGAUAAAAACUGAAAAUAAACUGCAAAAAUAAUGUACAGAAAAAACUAAAAACAUCUAGGAACUGGAUUCACAAAGUGGGGUUCGCGUACCCCCAGGGGUACGCCAAUUGUCAUGAGGGUACGUCAAUACAAAUUAGAAACAAUUAGCGCCUAACUCUCACAAUUACGAGCGCACAUGAACGCCUCAUGGCACAGAGCGCACAAUCACAGCAGAAAGACGGAAGGCGACAUUGCAUGAAGUUCUUCACUGCUCUGUGUGACUUAUAUGAAUAAAUAAGUUUGAUGAUUAUGUUGCAUAUUAAGAGUGUUUCAUCUUGAAGGUGUAAUUUAUAUUGGUGUUCCAAUCCCUGCACUGUGAAAACCUCCCAAUCAAUGUAUGUGUGUGUCAGGAUGACAGAGUGGCGAAUCCCCUGAAAAUGAGGCUUUGCCGCUGCUUGUAUGUUUUUUGUACUUUAGAUACUGCUUGAUCAUGUUUGUUAAACCCUCCCUUUCAAUUUGGUAUUAAAUUAAUACGCAGACUUAAAUCACAGCGAUUGCAAGUGGACAAAAGUGAAGUUCAAGUUCAACCCAUUCAAACGGAAGGACCAAUGCUUUGAUACUUUAGAGAAAUUCACAUCUUAUCUAUUUAUCAGUGCUCAUGUAAAACUUUUAUCAAAAUUUGACCAUGCAAAAUGCAACCAGAAUUACUAACUAUAAAAUUGAUAAACCAAUUAAUCAUGCUUAAUAUUUCAGUGUAAUGAAAUGUAACAAUGGUUUGUUUUUUUUUAAGUGUGCAGGAGUUGGGCGUGCAUGGCUUCAAGUCAAAUGUCUGAAGGGGUACGUGACUUUGACAAGUUUGGGAAGCACUGAUUUA